AUGUCCAGUCACAACUGUCAGCAACUUAUUAAUGAUCCUACUAGAGUAACUCCGGACUCUGAAACUUUACUUGACUUAAUCUUUGUUAGCAGCGAUCUGCAGGUUAUCGAAAGUGAAGUGCUAGAUUUGAUGAUUUCGGAACAUAAUACUGUCUCUUGCAAAAUAGCGUUAGAAAACCAGAAACCCAAGCCCUUGUUAAAAACCAUAAGGUCGUACAAAAAUUUUGAUAUACAUAAAUUCGCUGAAGACGCGAACAAAAUUGAUUGGUCUAGAUUUUAUCAAAUGUCAAACAUAGAUGAAAAACUUGCUUUAUUUAAUCAUUCCUUGCUCAUGUUAUUUGAAUUUCAUGCACCUCUUAAAACCAUUAAAGUGAAACAGCAUUAUCAACCUUGGUAUACCGACAAUUUAAAAUAUCUGAGCAAAAUCAAACGGAAAGCUUGGCUUCGUUACAAAAAGUCCAGAUCUAUUGUUCAUAAACAAUUUUUCUGUCAAGUACGAAAUUUCUAUAAUCUUGCUGUUGCUAACGAAAAACGUGCCUAUUAUCAGCAUGUUUUAAGUUCUGUUUAUAAUGAUCAGAAGAAGUAUUGGAAUAAAAUUAAGUCGCUACAAAUUGGUAAUCAAUAUACAAAUAACACAGUACCUACUGAAUUUAAUGUAAAUGACAUAAAUAAACACUUUAUUGAAUCUGUCCCAAAGUUUUCCAGCUGUGGUGAGCAGCAAUAUAUUUCAUCUUUUACUAUGCAAUCCUUUUCAUCUGAUCAAUUUUUAUUCAAACCGGUAGAUGUUGCAACAAUUGAGACCUUUGUUUCAAACUUGAAACCUAACUGUGCUGGUGUGGAUUGCAUUACAGGUAAAAUGCUUCAGUUAGCUUCUACUUGGUUUAGUGAACCACUCACUCAUAUUAUCAACCUCGCUUUUGAACAGGGACAAGUCCCUAAACUGUGGAACUUCUCUUUGGUGAAGCCGAUUCCUAAGAAAAAAACAUCUGUUUCUUUAGAUGAUUUUAGGCCAAUAAGUCUGAUUUGUAACACGCUAAAAGUGGCUGAGUUUGCACUAUGUGCUCAAUUUAAAACAUUUCUAAUGGAGAAAAACAUUCUUCCGUCGCAACAGUCUGGAUUUCGAGAAAACUUCAGUACAUCUACAGUUCUCAUUUCCUUGGUUGAUGACAUUUUUAGUGGAUUCUCCAGUGGUAAAGUCACUUUGCUAACUCUGCUUGACAUGUCCAAGGCAUUUGAUAGCCUCAAUAUAUCUCUGUUGGUUACCAAACUUAAGUAUUAUGGAGUGUAUGGAGCCACCUUGAAUUGGUUCCAGAAUUAUUUAUUUAAUCGUGCUCAGUUAGUUGACUAA